GGCAUGUUGCCGACUCACUACAGUGAAUUCGGUGGGACAAACAAACCGCGUGUUGAUUGAGCCUCCGGAACAAUCUAGGGCGUGGGUGAGAACAGGGCUUUUCGGCAAUUGGAAGGAGACCUGGCUAGGUUCACAUCUCGUGAAGACAAGACUUACUCCGUCUCCUAUUCCUUUCGCUUCAUACUACUUCCUGUUGCCGCUACUACACAAGAAUCAUUUGUUGCCAGUGAUCCUGUCUAGAAAGAACAGUGAAGAACGCACCACCCAUCUAAGAAGCAUCGACACGAACCCAAAGCGUUUCCACCCCUCCGUCUAAUUGUCCACCUUCCUCUCCUCCUCCCCUAAUCUCCCUUCGCACACCCUCAUACAAGAAUGCCGGACCUGUCACAAAACAUCUCGGUGCGCAUCCUCAAGGCGGCCGAGGCCGGGGGGUACGGGGUCCCCGGAGUGGUGUGCUACAAUUUCGAGGCGAUCAUCGCGUGCCGCAAGGCGGCCGAGGCCAAGAACUCGCCUUGCCAGAUCCUGCUGUUCCCGUGGGCGCAAGAGUACGCGUACGACAACAUGGUGAACCUGGCGGCGGACGUGUGCCGGAGCGCCAAGGUGCCCAUGUCGCUGCACCUGGACCACGCGCAGAGCGAGGAGGCAAUCAAGCGGGCGGCACAGACGGGCAAGUUCGACAGCAUCAUGGUCGACAUGUCGCACUACGAGAAGGCGGAGAACCUGGCCCGCACCACCGAGCUGGUGCGGUACUGCCACGAUCUGGGCAUCGCUACCGAGGCUGAGCCCGGCCGGAUCAACGGCGGCGAGGCCGGUGUGCAGGACACGGGCGACCUCGAGGGCAUCCUGACCACGCCGGACGAGGCCCUACAGUUCAUCCGUACGGGCAUCGACUUCCUGGCCCCGGCCAUCGGCAACGUGCACGGGCCCUACAACGGCGUCGAGAACAUCAAGCUGGACUUCCCCCGCCUGGCCGCCAUCCGCGAGGCCUCACGCGGCAAGGUCACCCUGGUCAUGCACGGCACCAACGAGUUUACCGCCGACAUCUUCAAGCAGUGCGUCGCCGCCGGUAUGACCCGCCUGAACGUCAACCAGAUCGUCCUGUGGAAGUACGAGGAGUACGCCCGCCAGAAGGCCGGCCGCACCCCGCUGACCGAGUUCAUGGAGGAUGGCACCAAGCUGAUCCAGGAGAGGAUCGAAUGGAUGAUGGACGCCGUAGGCAGCACCGGUAAGGCAGGUGAUGUCAAAAUCUGAAGACACGGAAAAACGAGCCCGACUCUCCUCAAGAGGCACGUGGAAGUGGCCAGGCGGAGAGAGCCCGAUCCAUAUAACUUGGUACAGGAUGGUGGCAUGUCUCUCGUAUAAUGAAUGGUCUGGAUGAUAAUGCGUCUCCGCAUUCACAAGGUCCGUUGGCUGAUCAGCCAAAUACAUUUGAAUAAGAUCGGAUUGGGGUCGGAUCGAGUCAAUUCUAUCAUUUCAUCAUGGCACAGGGUAUUUAGCCUUUCGAUCUGAUACGGGAUCUGUGAAAUAUCC